UCUCAGGCGUAACAAACAGCUUCUCCUCUGCAGCUGCAGCUGAGACCCGAAGGAGGAGCAGCUUGGACCGGAUCAGGAGCCUGGACGUGGACCGGAUCAGGAGCCUGCACGUGGACCCGGAUCAGGAGCCUGGACGUGGACCGGAUCAGGAGCCUGCACGUGGACCGGAUCAGGAGCCUGCACGUGGACCCGGAUGCGGCCCUGAGAGCCGGUGGGACUCGUGUGAUGCCGCCGUGUGAUGGGACAGGCAGCCGGGCAGGAUGGGCAACAAGCAGACGACCUUCACCGCGGAGCAGCUGGAGGCGUUCCAGGACUGCACCUUCUUCACCAGGGAGGAGAUCCUGCGGCUCCACGGCCGGUAUCGUGAGCUGGCUCCACACCUAGUGCCGCUGGACUACAGCAACAACCCCGACACCCGGCUGCCGCCCGCGCUCAUCGUCAGCAUGCCGGAGCUCAAGGAGAACCCGUUCCGGGACCGCAUCGUGGAGACGUUCUCCGAGGACGGCCGGGGGAACCUGAGCUUCAACGACUUCGUGGACAUGUUCUCCGCUCUGAGCGAAACGUCGCCCAGAGAACUGAAGACGAUCUACGCCUUCAGGAUCUACGACUUCAACAGGGACCACUUCAUCUGCCAGGAGGACCUGCAGGAGGUGCUGCAGCAGCUGACGGGGGGGGAGCUGAGCCGGGAGGAGGUGCUGCUGGUGUGUGACAAGUCCCUGGAGGAGGCGGACCUGGACGGGGACCGGCGGCUGUCCUUCUCCGACUUCCAGAACAUGGUCUCCAAGGCCCCCGACUUCCUCAGUAACUUCCAUGUCCGGAUCUGAGAGGACAGAUGCCCCCCCCCCCCCACGGCCUCCACGGGACACCUCAGACCCCCCCCCCCGCAGUGCCUGUCCUUUCUAUCGCCGGCGGAGACUCUUCUUCUUCUUCUUCUUCUUCUUCUUCUUUUUCUUCUUCUUCUUUUGGACUCAGAAGACGUUUAAAGAAAGCCUGAAGACCUUCGGGCCGCUUCUCUACCAAGAGGAUG